AUGCCGGAAGUUGGCAAAUUGGACAUCAGUGAAAAUAGUAACCUUCUUCGGAUUUGAGAGAAGGAGAGAGGCAACCAAGAAGCUCACCCGGAGAAAGAGGUGUUUGCAGAAAAGAUGCCACUGUUUGGAGAGCCGUACAAGACUACAAACAGGGAUGAGUUGUCGCGUCGGAUACAGAACAUACUAGGAGACUACGAAGUGAUGAAGGAGUUAUGGAGAUCUAUGUCUUGUACUCAGUGUCCAAAUGGUUCUGAAGACAGCCAGGGGAAGCCGAAAUAUCCUUCAUUUCAUGACAAGGAGAGCCUUGAAUCCAACUCCUGUUGCACGCACAUCUACCACAAGCUUUUCGGUACUUCUUCUGCCCGUGGAUCACCUUUUGUUGGUAACAUUAGCCACAGUUCAAAGAUGGCACCACCAAGGAUGGAGCCAGUGCCAAGUCUCCAUGCCAAAAACUAUGGUCCACCCGACAAACAGCAUCUGACUCGAGAUCGCCUCAGUCAGGAGGGGCACUCUUCAAACCACAAAAAGUGUGACCGCAGAGCUGAUGGUGACUCAGCUCCGGCUAAAAAACUCUCACCCUUAAUCUCCCCUGUGUCCCAUUUGUCCCCUGUACAUUCCAGACUGCAAAGAACCAGCAAGGUUUACAGCAGCAGUAGCACUAGCAAUAAAGGCUACUGUGCGGACGUGUCUUCCAAGGACCUGAAGGUGAAGGUUCAAGAUAACGCGACUCCUCUGGACACUUCUUCCAAGGACCUGAAGGUGAAGUUUCAAGAUAACGAGCCUCCUCUCGCCAGUUCAGUGGUUAUUAUGAGACUGGGAGUGGCCUCUUCUCAAACGUUUCCACCCCCACCCCUUCCCUCAGAAAGUGUUGCAAUGCAGCAGAAGCCCAUGACAUGUAUCUGGCCCACGGACGGUCAGAAUCAGGCUCCCAGUGAGUCCUUGGGCCUGAAGCCGCCACUGGAAGACAAUGGUCAGCAGAGCUUCGAAAAACUGGAUGUAAAAGUGCCAGCCAAAGCCAAACUCACCAGACUGAAGAUAUCUUCACAGUCGGAGUCGGUGGAGCAGUUGUUCUCCAAUGAAGUCCGCUGCAUUGAGGAGAUUCUGAAGGAAAUGACCCAUUCGUGGCUCCCUCCUCGGACAGCCAAGCAUAAACCCAGGACGGCCAAGACCAAGCAUACACCCAGUACGGCCAAGUCAUCCAGAUCUCCUUUCCCUACAAAGGAGCCUCUGCCCAAUAGUUCUGCAACCCAAAGCCAAAAUCAAUACGAUCCGGCUUCCAAAAUUUAUCCCAAUUCCCAGCAAAAAACAUCCACACUCGGAACAUCCAUACUCUGGGAGGACCUGCAGCUCAGUGAUAGUGAAGAGAGCGACACUGAACAAACUGCAGAGAAGCUUCCUUCCCUAUCUGCACCUCCAAGCGCUCCCCAGAUUCUCCCCAAGCCGGAUCCCAAUUCCCAGCAAGGAACAUCCAUACUCUGGGAGGACCUGCAGCUCAGUGAUAGUGAAGAGAGCGACAUUGAACAAACUGCAGAGAAGCUUCCUUCCCUAUCUGCACCUUCAAGCGCUGCCCAGAUUCUCCCCAAGCCGGAUCCCAAUUCCCAGCAAGGAACAUCCAUACUCUGGGAGGACCUGCAGCUCAGUGAUAGUGAAGAGAGCGACAUUGAACAAGCUGCAGAGAAGCUUCUUUCCCUAUCUGCACCUCCAAGCGCUGCCCAGAUUCUCCCCAAGCCGGAUCCCAAUUCCCAGCAAAAAACAUCCAUACUCUGGGAGGACCUGCAGCUCAGUGAUAGUGAAGAGAGCGACAUUGAACAAGCUGCAGAGAAGCUUCCUUCCCUAUCUGCACCUCCAAGCGCUCCCCAGAUUCUCCCCAAGCCGGUGGUGUCAGCACAUUCCAGUAGUGCAAAGUCGGAAAAUAAUGGUGAAAACCGCAACACUGACCAGCUACACCCUGAGUCCAAAGGCUCUCCCCCCAAGAGUUCCAGCAAAGCCGUCCAGGAUCCCACUGAAGGGCCCCAACCUGAGGAGAGGAGCUGCCAGAAAUCCCCUGCCCAACAGGAGUCCCCACCUCAGCGAACUAUUGAAACCAAACAACCCAGAAAUCCUGCCAAGGGCUCUGGCCAGGUGGAAAGUAAACCAGGACCCCUGCCUUCUGUAUCAAAAAAACAGACUUCCAAAGACAAACCCGAGAUGAAGGCAAAAGGCAGGGAGCCUAAGCCUGAAGCUCCUAUGCCCAACCAUCAGGCAGCCGAGCCUGCCCCUAAGGAGAAAAGGAAGCACAAGGGUUCCCAGGCUCCCUCAGGCCCUCAGCUGUCAAAGGACAAAGCUCUAAACAGGAACUCUUUCACUCCACCCCACGGUGGUAGGGGCUGCAGUGGUGGCAGCAGUGGCAGGUCUAGCCACUGCCAACAAAUUGCAAGUGUCCGGGAAGACGGUCAAAAGAGAGACACCGAAUUGCUCUCACCGCUCAGGGACUCUUCACUACCAAUGAGUUUGGUAGAGAAGAUAAACCUAGAUCACCUCACUCGGAUUCCCCAGCCCCUGGGGAAGGGUGGCAGCCCUAGGAAAGCAGAAGACAGGCAGCCGCAAGCAGAUAAGAAGCAAGACUCUGAAAAGAGAGACUGCAAUGGCUCCAGCAGACUGAGCAAGAAGAGAAAGGGCAGCGACUCAGAAAAAGACCGUGCCAGCAAGAAAAUCAGAAGGGAGAAAGAUGUCCAGUCACAUUGUACUUCUUCUUCCUCUUCCCAUACUGAAUCUUCCAAAACAGAGACGUCCAAAAUGCCUUCUCUGCCACCUGUGUCAGCCUCUUCCUCCUCCCAGAAGUCAACCAAAACUGCAGGCAAGAAGCCAAAGCCGGAUGCAGACACCUGUGGUCAGGACCCUCCCAAAAGUGCAGGCAGUGCCAAUGCCAAUGACAAGGACUCUUCUGUUCCCAAGCCCAGAAAAGUGCCGAAAGUGCAGGCCAAGGGCUCGGAAUACAAAGGGUCUUCUAGAGAAGCCACAAACGCGUUCCUAGUGCCUUCUUCGCCAAAGGGUAACUGUAAACCAGGGAAGCCACAAGUGAAACCUUACAUGCAGAAAGCUGACUUUUACAUGAAGGAAGCUCAAAGGUUGAAGUGUAAAGCAGCGGCAAUGACGAAGAAGAUCAAAAAGGCCUUCAAGUAUUUGGAAGCUGUCCUGUCUUUAAUUGAGUGUGGGAUGGCCAUGGAGUCAGAAAGCUCAGUAAAGGCAGCGUACGCUGUCUACUCAGAAACUGAAGACCUCAUUAAGUUCACGAUGUCAUUAAAAUCCUUCUCGGAUGCCACGGUGCCAGCACAAGAAAAGAUAUUUGACGUUUUAUGUUUACGUUGCCAGUCACUGGUGAACAUGGCGAUGUUUCGCUGUAAAAAGGACAUAGUAAUGAAGUAUUCUCACUCUCUUGGUGACCACUUCAACAAUUCUUCUCUGCACAGGUAUUCCGUCCUCCCUCUCCCCAGUGCCUUCUCCUGCCAGAUCUGUCAGGUCCCAGUCAAGUGCUGGUGGGAUGAUGGCCACCGUCAGUGUCCCAGUCACCAUCCAGAACAAGACCUUUGCCUAUUUCACCAUCACAAACCACCUCCUUAA